CAGAAGAGACGCUAUUCCGCAGUUAACUGAGUGAGAGCACCUGCCGGUAUCACAGAAUAUGUAUUCAGCGCAUCAUUUGUUUAAAUUUCUUCACGCCAUUAACAAGUGGCAGCAGCAGCUGGAAAGUGAGUGUUACAACAGCAUGCACCAUGUCACGAAUUAGAAAAGGGCUAACUGAUGAAGAAAUAGCGGUACUUUUGGCAGUGGAAGAUCCAAAUAUUUCUAAAUUUGAGCUGUCUGGAGUAGAAAAUGAGCUUGAGAUAGCUGUCAGAUCACAAACUCCAGUAGCUGAUGAGUCAUCAUCCAAAUCAGAUGACAAUGGGGUACCUUUGAGUGACAGACAACACAGAGGUACAAAAUGGAGAUACACGACAGAGUUUAAUCCUGAAGUAUCAGAAUUUGCAGCACCUGAAAUUCUGACUGUGAAGUCAACAUUUGAAUAUUUCACGCAAUAUAUUGACCGAACAUUGUUUGAUGAUCUGGCUUAUUAUAUAAAUUUAUGUCAUGUUACACUAACAGGAAAGUCAAUGGACUGUAGUGGAGCAGAAUUAAGAAAGUUUUGGGGGGUUAGUAUGCAGAUUACAUCACUGGGGUUCCCUAGAUUGAGAAUGUGUUGGGGAAGACGAACACGCUAUCCACUGAUUGCAGAUACAAUUAGCAGUGACAGGUUUUACCUGAAAAGAUAUAAUCUGAAACUAGUUAAUGACAACGCUGUAUCAGAGAAAACCAAAUGAAGUGACAUUAUUGGAAGGUACAACCACUCCUUGACAGACUAAGAAAUGCAUUUCGAAAUCAAUCCUGACUGACUCAUGCAUGUACAGAUGAGCAGAUGAUACCGUUUACGGGUCAAGUAAGAACAGGACAGUAUGUUAGGGGUGAACCCCACCCAGUUGGCUUGAACUUUGUGCUAGCUACAUCCAGUGGUAAGCCACUUGACUUUUUGCUAUACCAAAGAAAGGGUAAAGAUAUCACGUCUGGAAAAAUUCCAGUACCUGACAACCUUCAUAUUGGAGGGCAUGUUGUUCUAAAGCUUUCAGAUUCCUUGCCACCUGGGUCAUUAAUAUACACUGAAAGAUAUUUCACAUUUGUCCCCGUAUUAGAUAGUCUCCUAACUCAUGGGCCAAUCUUAGCAGUUGGGACUAUCAUGGCUAAUCAUUUUCCAAAAACUGUCAAUUUCAAGAGAGAUUUAGAUAUGAAAAGGGAGGGCACAGGAUCUUCUGAUCAGGUUGUAAGGAUUGAUCAAAAAAUAGCUGCAAUGAAAUGGUUUGACAAUAAACCUAUUUACGUUGCAUCUUCUGCUUUUGGUGUUCAUCCCACUGUCAAAUUCAACAUUGGUUGAAGAAAGAUAAGGUUUAUGUCCGAAUUCAUAGGCCAAAUGCAGUUAACAAAUAUAACAAAUAUAUGGGUGGUGUGGAUCUCCUGGAAAGGGUAGUGGGGAAAAUAUCCAGUGAGAAGCAGAACUAACUAAUGGAUAGUACGCGUGAUCCACUACUUCAAAGAUUUUGCUGUUGCAGCAAGAAUAUAGGCAAGCAACGCGAAGCAAUGAAUUUAUGAGAAAAGACAUCAUGCAAUAUCAAGCUUGAUGUUGCACAAAAUCUUAUUUUCUAUGGUGAGCCAGAAAAUGAACAAAGAUCAGACUCGAGCAAUGAUGAUGAUGAGGGUAGUGGUGAUGGAGGUCCACCAGCAAACUGGGCAAGAGCACCAGAAGCUUUACCAUCUUUGCCAUUCAGGGCACAUGUUAAUCACAUGUCUCAGAUGAUGGACAACAUACAGAAAAAUAGAUCAAAAUGCAGGUUAGAGGGUUGUAGAGAUCUAACAUUUGUAUGAUGUAGCACAUUUCAAAUGUUCCUGUGCUUUACCUCUGAAAGAAAUUGUUUCGCUCUUUUUCACAAGAAAUGAAUUUGAACUUAUGUUACUUUUCUCACACAGUGGUAGUAUGGUAUUCUGCCUUACAGCAGGUCUUGUCAUGAGUUAAGCCUCUUCCACUUUUGUCUGUCCAUAGCCAGUCUUUUCAUUUCUGAAUAUUUGUCUCUUUUGAUAUUGUACAGCGUUUGAUACCUUCUUUUUCCUCUUCCCCUUUUUCUCUCCACCAUUCCUUCUAUUCCUUCCUUCAAUAAACAGUCCCUCCUCAAAUAAUUUCAAUCCAGUUCUGUUUUCUCUUUCUGAUAACUUUCAGCAUGUUUCUCCCUUCUCCAACUCUUCUUAGUACUUCUUCAUUUCUUACUCGGUCUUCCCAUUUCAAUUUUUCCAUUCUUCUCCACAUCCACAUCUCUAGUACCCCCAAUCUUCUUUCAUCUUCCUUCCUCAAUGUCCAGGUCUCCGCACCAUAUAGUGCAACGCUCCAGAUUUUCUCACACAAAGAUAGAAUUAUUUUAUAUGUUAAAAAUAAUUUUGUUGUAACACUCAUGUGUAUUACUUU